AUGCUAAUGAUCCAAGAUAGUGAAGAAAUUAAAAGUCAACAGCGUUUAGUUAAUUUAUUAUUAGAACCAAUUCAAGUUCUUUUUCUUGCGCGACAUUUUGUAGUCGGGUGGAAUUUUAAAAACCUCACGACUCCCGCUGUUCGGGAACAACAUAACUCGUUAAGCCAAAUAAGGGAAGCAGCAAAUUGUAUUUAUUCGGCGACGCUUGUUAGUGGAUUCUUUCUCGUUUCAGAUGUCUCGCGGACUAAUGAAGCUGCCUUUGUUGUGCAGCGGCGGGGUCAGGCGGCCGCGACCUCCCGCACCCCACGUCUUCAUAAAACAUCACUCUCAUUACACGGCAUAAGUAUUUAA